AUGGAUCUCUUGCGUUGUUACCCACAUUGUCACCCGACCCGCUGGAUCUCUUUCACACUGUCACCCACGGAUCUCUUUCCACACUCUCAGCCGCGGGAUCUCUUUUCACACUGUCACCCACGGAUAUCUUCCACACUGUCACCCGCUGGAUCUCUUUCACACCACCUGGGGAUCUUUUUCACACCUCACCCGCGGGAUCUCUCACCCACCAGCGGGAUCUUUUUCACACCGUCUGCGGGAUCUCACACCGUCUCGGGAUCUUUUUCACACCGUCACCAGCGGGAUCUUUUUCACACUGUCACCCGCGGGAUCUUUUUCACACACCGUCUCCCGCUGGAUCUUUUUUCACUGUCACCCGUCUUUUCACUGUCUCCUUUUCACACCGUCACCCGCGGGAUCUCUUCACCCUCAGCCGGGGAUCUCUUUUCACACCGUCACUGUCACCCGUCACCCGCUGGAUCUCUUUCACACUUUCCGGCGGGAUAUUUUUCACACUGUCACCCGCGGGAUCUUUUUUCACACCGUCACCCGCGGGAUCUCUUUCACACCGUCUCCCGUCUUUCACACCGUCACCCGCGGAUCUCUCUGUCACCCGCUGGAUCUCUUUCACACUCUCAGCCGCGGGAUCUUUUCACACUGUCACCCACGGGAUCUCUUUUCACACUGUCACCCGCUUCUCUUUCACCACCGUCUCCCCGCGGAUCUUUUUCACACCGUCACCCGGGAUUUUUUCACACCGUCACCCGGGAUCUUUUCACACUGUCACCGCGGGAUCUUUUCACACUGUCACACCCCACACCCAUUGAUAUCUUCCACACUGUCACCCGCUGGAUCUCUUUCACACUUCUCCACGGAUCUUUUUCUCCACCAUGGAUCGCUUUCACACUGGGAUCUUUUCACACUGUCACCCACUGGAUCUCUUUCCCCUGUCACCCGCUGGAUCUUUUCAUCCGCUGUCACCCGUCACCAGGGGAUCUUUUUCACCCACUGAUCUCUUUCACACCACCCGGGAUCUCUUCCACUCACCCGAUGUCUCCCACACCCACGGAUCUCUUUCACUGUCAGCCGCGGAUCUCUUUUUCACUGUCACCCACGGAUCUCUUCCACACCCGCUGGAUCUCUUUCACACUGUCACCCGCGGGAUCUUUUUCACACUGUCACCCGAUGGGAUCUCUUUCACCCGUCACACCACGGGAUCUCUUUUUCACACUGUCACCCCCACGAGAUCUGGAUCUUUUUCACACUGUCACCCACCGCUGGAUCUCUUUCACACUCACCCACUGGAUCUCUUUCCACUCAUGGAUCUCUUUCACCCACUGUCACCCGAUGGAUCUCUUUCACACUCUCCCACUGUCACCCGGAUCUCUUUCACACUCUCACCCGAUGGAUCUGGAUCUCUUUUCACACUCACCCACGGAUCACCCAGCCGCGGAUCUGGAUCACCGUCACCCACGGGAUCUCUUCCACACUGUCACCCACUGGAUCUCUUUCACACUCUCAGCCGCGGGAUCUCUUUCACACUGUCACCCACGGGAUCUCUUUCACACUGUCACCCACCGCGGGGAUCUCUUUUCACACCCUGAUCUCUUUCACACUUCCACACUCACCCACGGGAUCUCUUUCCACACUGUCUCCCGCGGGAUCUUUUUCACACUGUCACCCGCGGGAUCUUUUUCACACUGUCACCCGCUGGAUCUCUUUCUCUUUCACACCGUCACCACGGGAUAUCUUCUGUCACCCGCGGGAUCUUUUUCACCAGCGGAUCUCUUUUCACACUGUCUCCCGCGGGAUCUUUUUCACACUGUCACCCGAUGGAUCGCUUUCACACUCUCACACAUCAUCUUUUCACACCGUCACCCGUCUUUCACACUUCACCCGCGGGAUCUCACCCACUUCACACCGUCACCCGCUGGAUCUUUUCACACACUGUCACCCACGGGAUCUUUUUUCACCCACUGGAUCUUUUUUCACACAUCUUUUCCGCGGACUGUCACCCACCAGGAUCUUUUCACACCGUCAGCUUUUUCACACGUCACCCGCCCUUUCACACUCUCACCCGAUGGAUCUUUUUCACACUGUCACCCGCGGAUCUCUUUCACACACCCGCGGGAUCUCACACCGUCACCCGCGGGAUCUCUUUUCACACUGUCACCCGCUGGAUCUCUUUCACACUCUCAGCCGCGGGAUCUCUUUCACACUGUCACCCACGGGAUAUCUUCCACACUGUCACCCGCUGGAUCUCUUUCACACUGUCUCCCGCGGGAUCUUUUUCACACUCUCACCCGCGGGAUCUUUUUCACACUGUCACCCGCGGGAUCUCUUUCACUCUUUCACACCGUCAGGAUCUCUUUCACACCGUCACCCGGAUCUCUUUUCACACUGUCACCCGCGGGAUCUUUUUCACACUGUCACCCGCGGGAUCUCUUUCACACUGUCUCCCGCGGGAUCUUUUUCACACUCACCCACACCCACUGGAUCUUUUUCACACUGUCACCCACACCGUCUCCCGCGGGAUCUUUUUCACACCGUGUCACCACCGUCACCCGCGGGAUCUCUUUCACACUGGAUCUUUUUCACACUGUCACCCGUGGAUCUCUUUCACACUCAGCCGCGGGAUCAUUUGUUCACACAGCCGGGAUCUCUUUCACAUUGCGGGAUCUUUUUCACCCAUUCAGUUCUUUUUUUCGUCACCCGCGGGAUUUACACGUCACCCGCAGGAUCUCUUUCACACCGUCACCCGAUAAACUAAAAAGUCACCCGUUAUCGUUAUUUCAUCUCUUUUCACACAAUGCUCACACUGUCACCCGCUGA